GCGUCAUUCUUCAGUGGUCACGAUCGCGAUGGUGACACUGUUCCCGUACGUAGUGGCGGUGCUGUGCGGCGCGACGAGCGCGCGCGCCCACUGGCUGCAUCCCGCGGCGCCGGCCGCCGCCAGCCGCGCCGAGACCUCUGCCAACUACUGGGCGCAAGACGCGCAGGCCGCCAUCAACGCUCGCCUGGAACGAGUUGAAAGCGUGAAGAAAGCGCGUAACGUCAUCAUGUUCCUGGGCGACGGCAUGUCGGUGCCCACGCUCGCCGCCGCGCGCACGCUGCUCGGACAGCGCCAAGGGAAAACGGGAGAGGAGACAAAGUUGCAUUUCGAGACUUUCCCCACAAUCGGAUUAGUGAAGACGUACUGUGUGGACGCCCAGAUUGCAGACUCCGCAUGUACUGCCACAGCGUAUUUGUGUGGUGUAAAAAAUAACUAUGGCGCCAUAGGCGUAGACGGCACGGUACGCCGAGGAGACUGUCAAGCCGCUUCAAACACUGCGACACACGUCGAGUCCAUCGCGGAGUGGGCGCUCGCUGACGGACGAGAUGUCGGUAUUGUGACGACGACUCGUAUCACUCACGCGUCUCCGGCGGGCACGUUCGCGAAGACGGCGAACCGCACCUGGGAGAACGACGGUGAAGUGUCGCAGAUGGGCUUGGACGCCAAGGACUGCCCUGACAUCGCGCAUCAGUUGGUACACCAUCAUCCCGGUAACAAGUUCAAGGUUAUUUUUGGUGGUGGCAAGCGUGCCUUUUUGCCAAAUACUGAACAGGACGAAAAACGAUCUUAUGGUAGAAGGAUAGAUAACCGGAAUCUUAUCAAAGAGUGGGAGGAUGAUAAGGUUUCUCGUAAUGUCAGCCAUCAAUAUGUUUGGCACCGCGAGCAGCUAAUGCGUCUAAAGGAGGACCUGCCUGAAUACAUGUUGGGACUGUUCGAGAGCAGUCAUAUGACCUAUCACUUGAAAUCAGACCCUCAGUCUGAACCCACUCUCGCUGAACUAACAGAGGUGGCAAUUCGGUCAUUAAGACGCAAUGAGAAGGGAUUCUUCCUGUUCGUGGAGGGGGGGCGCAUCGACCACGCGCACCACGACAACCUGGUGGAGCUCGCACUCGACGAGACGCUGGAGAUGGACAAGGCCGUGGCCACCGCCACGGAGAUGCUCUCAGAGGACGACUCGCUCAUCGUGGUCACUGCCGACCACGCACACGUCAUGACUUUCAAUGGCUACUCUAACCGUGGUCAUAACAUCCUCGGGCCCUCCAGGGAUGUCGGACUAGACAAUGUGCCUUACAUGACGCUAACGUAUGCCAAUGGACCCGGAUUCCGUCCACACGUAAACGACAUUAGACCAGAUGUUACCCUUGAGCCAAACUAUCGCACUCUGGACUGGGAGUCGCACGUGGACGUGCCGCUGGUGGACGAGACGCACGGCGGCGACGACGUGGCCGUGUUCGCGCGCGGGCCGCACCACUCCAUGUUCACGGGGCUGUACGAGCAGAGCCAGCUGCCGCACCUCAUGGCCUACGCCGCCUGCAUCGGCCCCGGCCGGCACGCCUGCGCCAGUGCCGCGCACUUGCCUAGCGCGCACUUCGUCGUAGCUCUGCUCGCUCUAUUCACUUCCAUUUUACUGCGAUAAUAUUUAUUAAUUGAAAUAGCUUUACUAAAGUUUAAUACUUAAUAGUCAUCAUUACGUUGACAAGCAGAUCUGUAAUGUGUUGAAAUAAAAGUAAAAGUUAUCAUUUAACGUACGAAAAAUAAAGUUCACAUAGACAUUUGUAAACAAUACAAGAUUGAUAGACGUUAUUUAUUUACGAUUUCUGUACAUAGUAAAUACGAAAGGAAAGAAAUUAAAUGUAAUCGAUUUUGGAGUUGAGCUAAUAAAUAACCAUGUUGUUAAUAUUGCGAGUUUCAUUGGCCACAUGCUGCAUAUCUACAUUGUUUGAACACAUCUUCUAGGUCUUGAAGCACUGCAGUUGUUGCCAUUCAUUGCGUAUCAUGUUGUUUACAAUACUUAAAAUAUUGAACCUUUUUCAUUAUUAAACAAUAUGAACUGUAAA